CUUGCCUAUGAACCAGACUCGCAUCAUCCCAAGAGGCCAAGAGGCAAGAAGACGACAUCCAUAACAACAUCAAGAACAAUCCAUCACAUCACAAUAGCACAACUCCACGACAUCCACACCCCUGUCGGUCGCAACCGUAGUUUGAAAACCUCAUCCUGAGCAUCUGGCGCAACUUUAUAGGGAUCAGAACCGUUUCGCGGUCACCGAGCCCUCUCGUCGCGACCUGUUCAGAGCAGAUCCGACGUAGGCGGUCCCUCUGUACAGGCUCAUCGAGAAACCUAGGGGUCUCUCUCAACGCAGCUACCUUCCAUCUCCCGCCACUCGUCAGGUCACCGAUACCGUGCAUUUCAUCUCGAUCGGCAUUCCGCCGCUCCGUUACGACCUCGAAUACAAUGUCUGAAUCUGAGGAAAGUGACUUCCACAUGGAGAGUGAUGGUACCGACUUCGAGCUUCCCGUAAAGAAGACCGCUGCCAAAGCGAAGACUACGAAAGCUGCCGCUGAACCGAAAGCAAAGAAAGCACCUGCGUCUAAAGCUCCAGUGAAACCGAAAGCAGCACCGAAGCCCAAGAAGGCGACCAAGAAGGAUGCCGCGGUAGAAAGUAUCGACGAGGCUUCGCCAGACGUUUCCGACCCGGUGGAAAGUGACAACAGCAUGGAAGAUUCCGAUGAGGAUGCCCCGGUCAAGAAGACGGCCAAGGCAUCAGGGUCGUCCGGUCCGAAGAAGUCGGCUAGUGAGAUGUAUCAAAAGCUGUCUCAACUCGAGCACAUCUUGAAACGACCCGAUUCGUACAUCGGUUCGGUGGAACAUCUUCAAGCUCAACUCUGGGUUUUUGAUAGGGAGACCAAGGGGAUGACGCAGAAGAACAUCAGCUAUGUUCCGGGUUUCUUCAAGAUCUUUGACGAGAUCCUGGUCAAUGCCGCUGAUAACAAGAUCAAUGACCCGACGAUGGACAGCUUCAAGGUCAAUAUCGACACGGAAAACAACGUCAUCUCGGUUUACAACAACGGUCGAGGUAUCCCCAUCGAGAUCCACUCGAAGGAGAAGAUUUGGAUUCCCGAGCUGAUUUUCGGUAACCUGUUGACCUCUUCCAACUACGACGACGACCAGAAGAAGAUGACCGGAGGAAGGAACGGUUACGGAGCCAAGCUCGCCAACAUCUAUUCGACCGAAUUCAUUGUCGAGACUGCCGACAAAAAUACAAUGAAGAAGUACAAGCAGGUCUUCUCGGACAACAUGAGCAAGAAAGGGACGCCGAAGAUCACCGACAACAAGAAGGCCGAAGAAUACACAAGGAUCACCUUCAAGCCCGAUCUUCCUCGUUUCGGAAUGGACAAGAUUGACGCCGACACCGAAGCUCUGCUCAUGAAGCGUGUCUACGACAUGGCAGGAACCGUGAAAGAUUGCAAGGUCUUUUUGAACGACGAGCGGCUCAAGGUCAAGGGUUUCAAGCAGUACAUCGAGAUGUACUUGAGCGCCGCAACGAAGAAGCAAGAAGAAGAGUCUGGUGGCGGAGCCGUCACAAAGCCGGCUAUUGUCUACGAAGUGAGCAAGGACGGUCGAUGGGAGGUUGGAUUCGCCCUCUCGGAUGGUCAAGCGCAACAGGUCUCGUUUGCAAACUCCAUCUCGACAAUCAAGGGAGGAACGCACGUUGAGACGGUGUCUGGUCAGCUGGCGACCGCUCUGAUGGAGCAGAUCAAGAAGAAGAACAAGGCGGCUCCUGUGAAACCUCAUCAGAUCAAGAGUCACAUGUGGAUCUUUGUCAACGCACUGGUCGAAAAUCCUGCAUUCGAUUCCCAGACGAAGGAAACGUUGACUCUGAAGCCUUCAGGUUUUGGUAGCAAGUUGAGCUUGAGCGAGGACUUUGUCAAAAAAGUCGCCAAAACCGGAAUCGUUGAAGCCGUGCUCAGCUUUGCAAAGUUCAAGACGGAUCAGAUGAUGAAGAAGUCGGACGGUGUCAAAACCUCGCGUAUCUCUGGUAUCGUCAAGCUGGAAGACGCCAAUAAUGCUGGAAGCAGAAAGGGGAAAGAUUGCACCCUGAUCUUGACCGAAGGAGACUCGGCCAAGGCUCUCGCGGUGUCUGGACUUUCGGUAGUGGGCCGUGACAACUACGGCGUUUUCCCGCUUCGAGGAAAGCUUUUGAACGUCAGAGAAGCCGCCUCCGACCAGAUUCUGAAGAACGUCGAGAUCCAGCACAUCAAGCAGAUCAUGGGUCUCAAGCACAAGACGGAGUACACGAGCGUGGACGGUCUACGAUACGGUAGUCUGAUGAUCAUGACCGAUCAAGAUCACGAUGGUUCGCACAUCAAGGGCCUCAUCAUUAACUUCCUCGAUCACUUUUACCCGUCAUUGCUCAAGAUUCCCAACUUCUUGGUCGAGUUUAUCACUCCCAUUGUCAAGGUGUGGAAGGGAAAACAAGUGCACACGUUUUAUACAAUGCCCCAAUACGAAGAGUGGAAGGAGGCGAACAACAACGGAAAGGGAUGGGAAUCCAAGUACUACAAGGGUCUGGGUACUUCGACUGCCCAAGAUGCGAAAAAGUACUUCAGUGACUUGCAGAAGCAUAAGCUGCCUUUCAUGGAGACACAGCAGGGUGACCGAGAGUUGAUCGAUCUGGCAUUCAACAAGAAGAAGGCGGACGACCGAAAAGAGUGGUUGAGGCAGUUCAGACCUGGCACCUAUCUGGACCACGACAUCGACCGGGUACCCAUCAAGGACUUUAUCAACAAGGAGUUGAUUCUGUUUUCCAUGGCCGAUAACAUCCGAUCCAUCCCUUCCAUGGCGGACGGUCUUAAACCCGGUCAGCGAAAGGUUAUCUUUGCGGCUUUCAAGAAGAAUCUGGUCAAGGAGAUCAAGGUUGCGCAACUGGCCGGAUACGUUUCGGAAAAAACGGCCUACCACCAUGGAGAAGUCAGCUUGACGAUGACCAUCGUCGGAUUGGCGCAGAACUAUGUUGGUAGCAACAAUAUCAAUCUCCUCGAGCCCAGCGGUCAGUUUGGUACCAGAAACUCUGGAGGAAAAGACGCCGCCAGCGCUCGUUACAUUUUCACCAGCAUCCCGCGCAUCACGAGGACAAUCUUCCAUCCACAUGACGAUCCGAUUCUGAGGUACCAGAUUGAAGACGACAUGAGCAUCGAGCCGGAGUAUUACCUUCCCACAGUGCCUCUCGUGCUCAUCGAUGGAGCGGAUGGUAUCGGUACAGGAUGGAGUACCUAUGUGCCAAACUACAACCCCAUCGACAUUGUCGACAAUCUCCGUAGGAUGAUGAACAACGAACCGCUCGAAGCCAUGACGCCUUGGUACAGGGGGUUCAAGGGUACGAUUGAGAGGACGACUGACAAGAGUUUCAAGUGUAACGGUAUCCUGACCAAGAUCAACAGUACAACCAUUGAGAUCACCGAAUUGCCCAUCCGCGUGUGGACUCAAAGUUACAAAGAGAUGUUGGAAGAAUGGGUCGUCGGGACGGAAAAGAGCCCUGCCACGCUCAAGGACUACAAGGAAUACCAUACCGAUACUACCGUCCACUUCGUUAUCACCAUGAGCGAAGCGGAAAUGCGCAAGGCAGAAGAGGAAGGUCUUGAGAAGCGUUUCCGAAUGAGCUCACCCAUCAACACUUCGAACAUGGUAUGCUUCGAUCUCAAUGGGAAGAUCCGCAAGUACAACACGCCAGAAGAGAUCUUGGAAGACUUUUACCACAAACGCUUAGAGUAUUACGGCAUCCGAAAGCAAAAUCUCGCGGAUGAGCUCACUAGGCAAUUCGACAGGGUCUCUAACCAGGCUCGAUUCGUUCAGAUGAUCGUUGACAAGUCUCUGGUCGUAUCGAACAAGAAGAAAUCGAGUCUCGAGGAGGAAUUGCGCGCGUUGAAGUUCAAGGCUUUCCCCAAGACCAAGAAGGCCAGGGAGGCAGGUGAGGAUGAACCGUUCUUGGAAGAGGAGGAUGAAGGCAAAGCCGGCGAUUUCGACUACUUGCUGGGGAUGGCUAUCUGGAGUCUGACACGCGAAAAGAUCGAGAAAUUGAUCCAGGAAAGGGAUCAAAAGGAAGCCGAGCUCGUUACCUUGCUCAAGCUGACCCCAACCGAUAUCUGGAACAACGAUCUCGAAAACUUCUUGAUUGAAUGGCAUAAUAUGCUCCAAGGCGAUAUCGAGAACAGCAAGCGUAUCAAACCCAAGAAAGGCGGAGUCGCCGGGCGCAAGCUCGGCAUUAGCGCUGGGUCCGAUUCCGAAGAGGACUACAAGCCUGUCAAGGCUAAAGCGGCGGCGAAGCCUCGCGCUCCGGCGAAACCAAAGGUCGCUGCGAAAGAACAACAAAACAAGAUCGAAGACUUUUUCAAGGAAGCAGAAGGGGCAGCGAAGAAGCGGGGCAGGGAGGCAACAGGGUCUAGCGAUGAUGAGCCGGUGCGAAAGAAGCCGGUCCCGAAGGCAAAAGCUCCCAAGUAUGAAGAGAUCGACGAUGCGAGUGACGAUGACUACAUCACACCGGCAGCACCCAAUGCAAAGGCUUCAUCAAGCAAAGUGAAGCUGGACUCGGACGACGAGGAAGACUUCACACCUCGUGCUGUUCCUGCGAAAGUCACGAAACCUGCUGCGAAACCGAAAGCCGCGGCUAAAAAGGCGGUCCCAGUGAGCGACGACGACGAAUCGGACAUCCCGGUGCCGAAGCCUAAGAAGGCGGCUCCGGCCAAAUCGAAAAAGAGGACACUUGACACAGACGAUGAAGAAGAGUCGGAUGCGGCCCCACCAAAGGCGAGAAAGGUGGCACCUGCAAAAUCCAAGAAGAAGCUUGACGACUCUGACGACGAUGACUUUGACGACUCCAUUCUGGAUCUCGCACCGCCACCUCGAGCGACCGGGGGAAGAGCUCGGACUACGGCCACGAAAAAGACGGCAUACAUCGAGAUCGACGGGUCGGAUUCGGAAUUCGAAUUGUAACGCGAUCGCAUCGAGGCGAUUGUCCGGAUGACUCUUUAAUGACUUACGAACGGAUUUGUGAUAUUAAUGGAUGAUCCGAGGACGAGACAACCUUUUGCGGGUCUGUCGAAUCAUCCUCCUGUAUAGCUGUAAAAACGACGAUAUUGAUCCAUCUCGAAAUCGGCUGCACGAGCA